GGACGCUGGGCUUCUGCUGACUUCAAUGUGGAAGCUCAAAGUGGGUUGUAUCAGCAGCGAAACUAGACGCUCAUUGGAUAUGCUAGGCUUUGUCCCGCCCAUCGGACGCUCGGCGUCUCUGGAGUUCUAUGGCGAGGGGGCGGUCCCGACUUUCUCCCGGACUCCGAGCUUCUGCAUCCAUGAUUGGAUGAGCUGUCUGACGCGAAAUCCUUUUUUGAUUGACAGCUAAACAAGCGAAUCAGCGAUCUUGAAGAAUAAAACAUCUACCAAAGCAUUUCCCAAGUUAUUCAUUCCGUUGUUCUUAACUGCUCCAGAGACUUUACCGAUCCUCAGCGACUUUUGUCUUUGUUAAAAACAACUGCCGUUGUGUUUGGCGACUCUGUUCUGUUACAUACAAAUAAACAAACACAAUUAUGAUGUUGGCCAGAAAAAUGAGCUUCCCCUCCUUGAAUAUACCAGCAGCCACCACACAUAUAUAUAUAUAUAUAUAUAUCUUAUUAUUAUUGCAAUCACAUGCCAUCUAUUUCUUUUCAUCCUCGGGAAAGAGGGCCAUAUUGCCAGCUGAAGUGCGCAAUGCAUUUUGGGGCAGAAGCAGUACGUGAAGCAAGCUCCGCUCCGUACUCAGAAAUCGAAGCCGAUUGAGUAUACAUCCGGGCAUUUCUCGCACACAGGUCUUUCUGAUCAGGCAGCUCCGCGGCCACCUCUGUUUACAAUAAUUUCCCAGAAUGCCUUGCCCACUUCCUUUUCCUCCAUCUUUCUGUUCACAGAGAAGGUAAGUGAUGCUGUGUCUGAUUUAAAGUCCGUUUCUGCGGUAAUCCGGAUCUUCUGCCCCCUGAUACCCACAUGUUUAUGAUGAGCAGUCAGGACCGACUCCCCGGGCAUUGUUUGUGGGGUCAAUCAGUCUGUGAUGGCGGAGAUUAUCUCCGGAUUGACCUCAAAGCGGUUCCCGGUCCAGGCCGUGGAAUUAGCAUUAGCACGCUAACAUCAUAGGUUGUGGCUGUUGUUAGCGCGCGCACAGGUUAGUAUUACAACGUAAGACUCACCUGUCCAUCUGUAGGGGCCCAUGUCUGCUAAGCGGAGGAUGGGUUUUCAGUCCAGACGGACGCACAUGUCAAAGCGAGGUCUGAACUCACCUGUGGGCAGGUAACAGCCGUGAGCAGGUGAGGGGGAAGCUCGGACUCUGGGAGAGAGUGAGAGGCGAGUUCACCACAGCUAGUCUGCUGUUGGGAAGUCUGUGCUCCAUUCCCGGGUUCAUGAGUCCGUUUUCUCCGCACUCUGUCCUGAGCCUGUCUGCUGAUCUGGUUUGGAGGAUUAGGUUUUGAUCAAUUGUCAACAAAAGUGUGAUGAGAUCUGUAAAUGGUGACGAGACUUAAGGCGAGGCCAAUUUCCUGUAGGCUGCUCCUGUAGUCUCAGGGUUUGAGGGUGUUUAAUCAGAUGUUGAAGACACUCUCACUCCGUGGUUACACUCGCAUCCAUUUGAGGCUGGACUGUCCUGACCCCUGAACAGUCCUGCUGUCUGUUCAGGACUGAGUUCACUUACACCCCCCCCCCCCCCACAUGAACACAUGGCUAUGGUUCAGGACUCUUUGACCCCUCAGACUAAACCUUGCUGUUUAAAUAAAAUCAUAGUUCAAGUGCUGAAGCUCUGAGCGUCAGAACAUCCAUCACUAGAGUCCUUCAGGGUUCGAUCAGUGUCGGUCCUGUAGAGACAAGUCAACUGUAAGUACCACACAGCCAAAAUACAUGCCUAUAGUGCUGUGUGAUGCACUGCAGAUUACCUUCUGCGUUAUGCUUGAUGGUGGAUGUUUUUGGAUAGCUGGAGCACCAAGAUUUCCCAGGCACUGGCACCCUAACAAGCACCGUUAUAAAGAAUUCAACUUUUGUGUUUUUCCCUGUUGGCUCUAAUGGGACUGAUUUUGAUUGUGUGCAGGUGGACUUACCUGAAGAAGACUGACAAUGCCUGGAAGGUAAGCUCACCUGGUGACCUGACAUCAGGCUGCUGAUGCACUGAUCUGUGGGUAGAUGAUGAUUACCUGCAAGGGUGGACCCUGCAGACUGACUCUGGAUCAUGGUUUCUGAUAUUUACCUGUAUGCUGUAGCAUCCUGUCUUUACCUCUGUCAUGGCGUACACCAGAGGAGCUGUUCACACCUGUUACCUGUUGAUAGGACAACAAAUUAACGUUCUCUAUCGCAUUCAGUAGCUAUGAGCCUCAGCAGUAGCUUACGUUAUCGUGGCCAAUUGGCCAACAAACAUGGUCACUUGUUAAAAAAAAUAAUAAAAAAAACAGUCUCCCAUUAACUUGCAUACUCUGUUUGCUGAAAUAAGAUCCUCCUGCACUGGCACAAAUGUUACUCUGAGAUAUAGUGUUGCUAUCACAACUUCAAAAAAUGUGAUAGAUUAUCUUAUAGUUGUCAAUGUAGGGCUGCAUACAACAGAUGGUGUCUGGUUGUCAGAGUUGAAUAGUCACUGCCUAUGUUACACAUACAGCCACAGUAAUCAUUAGUAUUGAAGAGGUGUAGUUGUCCCAUGUUAAAACAUAAUAUUUAAACUUUAGUGCAAUCAAUACUCAGAUAAUUAACUCAGAUAUUAAGUGUCAAUGACACAAUGUAAAUGCUUUAAUAAGGAGUAAGUCCUGCAUUUUAAUUAGCUUAGUAUGUUCAUUUGCGCCGCAAUCAGUUAAAACUAUAAAUGUUCCUUUUGUUAUAGUUUCUCUUCUUUAAUUCAUCCCUCUAUUCUUUCUCCUAACCCUUAAAAACUUUCAGGCACAAAAAUGUUACCUACUCUACAUUUCAAGCUCACACAAUUUCCUUGCUUUAAACCCAGAACAUGAGAGUGUAUACAAAAAACAGUUGGUAGUGUAGAAUCAGUACCAGAUGAUGAGAUGUUUUCUGCUCCCUAAACCUCAACAGCACAGAGGUGGAUGAUACUGAUGUCACAGAGGUUUUCCUUGGGUCUAUGUCUUCUUCAGAAGGAUGUUGAUCAAAUUUUGGACUCUGUUAAAUAUAAAACCCUUAACCUGGUUUAGGUCUCUGUGUCAGGCCUAUGUCUUGAAUACCUACACUAUCUUGAGCACCACACCUCUGCAAUACUUCCCCAAAACACUAGUCAGCGCUGUAGUGUCUGGUGUUUAACCAUGAGUGAAACUGUCAACAGAGUGUAUUAGGUUCCAGUGGAGAAGAAGAACUUCCUUUAACAUGCAGAAACCUCGAGCAGAACCAGACUCAUGUUAGACAUCAGGUGAAUGUUUAUGCUGACCCUGGAUCUGUUUGUGUUUAGACUGUGGAGUAAGGCCAUCUUCACUGGAUAUAAGCGUGGUCUAAGGAACCAGCGCGAGCACACGGCACUGCUGAAGCUGGAGGGAUGUUACACCAGAGAUGAGGUUGACUUCUACCUUGGCAAACGCUGCGCCUACGUCUACAAGGCUAAGAAGUAAGAAUGCACCUGGAUAAUGUUGAUUUUAAAUCUACGUUUGAGCAAUAAAACCAGGUCUGUAAGAAGUGCUUAUGCCUGUUUGUUGUUAUAGGAACACAGUGACUCCUGGCGGUAAACCCAAUAAGACCCGUGUGAUCUGGGGGAAGGUAACCCGCCCUCACGGGAACAGCGGGAUGGUCCGUGCCAAAUUCAGCAGCAACCUGCCAGCAAAAGCCAUCGGACACAGAAUCAGAGUGGUGAGUUUAGGGACUGAGGGUGUGUCACAUUGGCUUUUUGACCGGGUCACUGUGCUGGUCAUGUGACCUGUUAAAGGGAUAUUUUGGCAUAAAAUUGAUUUAGGGUCAAACACUCCAUAACACGUAGUUAGAAACCCUCUCGAGAGAUGAAUGUUGUCAACCACUGAUUCUCUAGUUAUUCCAACUUUGGUAACGACCGCAGGAUAGCAAUACACAGCGGUCUGUUGAGCCACACGCUCAAACAAAAAGCCACUCUAUAAAUAAUGCUCAGAACAGAACCUAACUUCAUCAACAGUACAUACAGACCCUUUCCAAAAAAUAAAACCCUUCCAUAAUUCCAUUCAAAAAGUUAAACUUUCAAAGAUCAGAGGUUCAGGGCCCACGAUUUAAAUUAUUUUUUUGUUUAUUUUUACAUAAUUUGGACUUUCGACUCAUAAAACCCAUGAAAACAGGAAUUAAAAAUAGUAUAAUACUGUGAAGACACCAGCUCCAAUUUUGGGCAAACAUCUCUUGAGGAGGUGUCUAACUCGGUGUUAUGGUGUGUUUGACCCCAACUUAAUUUUAUGCUGAAAUAUCCAUUUAAGGUGGAGGCUCACCUGGGUUUAUGUCUGCCUCUUUGUCCAGAAACUCUUCGGAGAAUCGUUCAGUUCUUUGGCCAAUUUCCAGACAAAGAGGCUAGACAGAGGUUUAUGGAGGCGAGUCUGCCCACUGAUUUUUGUAUUGCAGCUGAUGAUGUCACUUCUGUCUGUUUCAGAUGCUGUAUCCCUCUCGGGUGUGACAGGGAAACGUCUGAUGGGCUUUGUACAGAAACAAUAAAAGGAUGAAAUCACACAUUGAG